UUGUUUGUUUUGUACACCAGGCGAGUGGCGGCGGUGCGACAUCGGCGCACGCGCACUAUGUUACUCAACAUCAAAGGAUUCUGGAAGGUCUGCCGCUAUGGAGAUUUAUAUAUGGUGCUGGCGGCCUUGGCGGCGCAGUCUAUUAACAUAUCGGUCGGCUUCUGCCAAGGCUUCUCAGCUGUUCUGCUGCCCCAGUACACGAGAGAUAACCCUGGGAUAUCAUCGGAACAAACCUCAUGGAUUGCAAGUCUCGGAGUAAUAUCGAACCCCAUAGGAGCUCUGUUGGGUGGCAUGAUGGUGGAUGCCGUCGGUCGACGGUUGCUCCUUCAAUCAAUAGUCCUACCGAACCUCAUCGGUUGGCUGGUCAUAGCUUUAUCCGAUACAUAUGUCUUCUUGUGUGUUGGACGAUUCAUCACUGGCUUUACUAUCGGAAUGUCCACGGCGUCUUAUAUCUACGUAGCUGAGAUUACGACUCCCGAAAAAAGAGGAGUACUUAGUGCCUUGGGUCCCGGAUUGGUUUCCACUGGUAUAUUUAUAGUGUACUCAUUGGGCGCCUUCAUACAUUGGAGGACGGUGGCAGCUAUAUGUGCCGCUGUGUCUUUAUUGACACCGUUCUUGAUGUACUUCGUGCCGGAAUCACCGCUUUGGCUGGCCUCCAAGGGACAAAUGAAGGAAGCCUACAACGCAAUGUUCUGGCUGAGACAGAACAAUAACACAGCUCAGCAGGAGCUCAUGGAAUUCACAAAGGAUAGAAAACAGAACGAGUCGAUGACUUUCAAACAAAAGCUUGGUCUGUUUAAGAGGAGGAGCGUUUUGAAACCGUUCGCUUUGCUCAUCAUAUUCUUCAUGUUCCAAGAGAUGUCUGGAAUUUACGUUAUUUUAUACUACGCUGUGGACUUUUUUAAAUCCGUUGGGACGAGUGUCAACGAAUUCACAGCUUCGAUAAUUGUUGGAGGAGUGAGAGUGUUUAUGGGGGCAGUUGGAGCUUGUCUCAUCAAUAGUUUUAGAAGAAAAACUUUAGCUGCUGCUUCGGGUCUUCUACUGGGAGUUGCAAUGUUGGGAGCUGCUGUUUGCGACAGUUUGAAUGGUCCACCAUCUAUUAAAUUGGGUUGUAUUCUUCUACACGUAUCUUUCAGCAUGGUCGGCUUUUUACAAUUACCAUGGAUUAUGUCUGGUGAAUUAUAUCCUCAGGAUAUCAGAGGCAUUAUGUCUGGAGCGACCUCAUGCUGUGCUUAUGUCCUCAUCUUCUUCAAUAUUAAAACAUAUCCACAGUUGGAGUCUUUGAUGACCAGUAAUGGAACGCUAUAUAUUUUCGCCAUUUGUGCUAUACUUGGAGCAACAUACUGCUACUUGUUCUUGCCGGAGACGAAAGGAAAGACGUUGACGGAGAUCAUGAGGCAGUUUGAUGAAGAGAAGAAAGAGAGUGAUCCAGAAAUAGGAUACGUGAAACAUAACAGUGGAGAAGGAAAAUCAAUCCAAAGAAGACACAGCGCGGGAGCAGCAGUCUCAUUGGAGAAGAGCAAGGAACUGGUGAAGCAGUGGACGCAGAAUAAUAACGACAAGAAAUAA